UCCAAGGCACUGACCAGAGGCCCUCCAUAAUAACAGCCCUUCAAGGUGCGUCCUCUUCAGCUCUCAUCCCUGCCAAAUCUGAAAGGGUGAAAAUACAAAUGAAAGGAUCAAGAUCAUUAGCAAAGACUCGGCACCAGAUCAACCGAGUGAGCCGUGCGGAGUUGGCCGAUCAUUUUUUACGAUUUCGUGGUGAACGUUUGCUGCUCAAAGAGUUCACUCAAAAGCAGGAGAAUAGGAUUAAAAGGACGGGCACCAAACUAUCAAGACUCAGUCAUGAGCGAGCACAAGCCAACGGGAGACCUGGAAGCUGCCUUCAAAACUCUGUUCGGAACCAGGUCUUGGAAGAGGGCCUGGAAGAAAUGCAGGAACGGGUUUGGGAGCUGGAAAAAGUCAACCAGCGUCUGAGGAGUCACCUGCUCUUCUACAAGCAACAGUUACAGCUGCAGGGCUGUGGUCGCCACUGUCCUUACGGCUACGUCACAGCCAAGGUCAACACGGGCUUUCGUCAGGCACAUACCUCUGCCAGACAAGGGCCCAAGAAGUCACACAAAGAGAUGCAGGUAUCAGAGAUGACUGUCAGGCCAACCCCUCCCAGAUAUGCUGAUGAUGUUCUGGAAAGGACCCAAGCAGAAACAGAGACACCGACCCACAGUCUGGCACUGGCUGAGUUAGACAAGGAUCAUGAGUUGCUGAGUUCCACACUUGAUAAAGAAACUGAUGCAGAAAACAUGGAACCCCAGAAAAGCCACCCUUACUUGCAGGAAUACCGCAGAACUGCCAUCCAGAAGAACGUGGAGCUGAUUCGGCUGCAGAAACUGUUAUGGGAGAAGAAUUCAGAACUGCUGAUCACCAAAGCCCAGAUUACUGACUUAGUGCCCUUUUUGUCUUCUUGUCUGCACCAGAACCAAGAGGCAUUGAGGUCAGCCAGUGAAGCCUUGCUGGCCCAGCUUGGUGAUUUGAAUGCUGACCUCAAGGAGAAGACGCAGAAGGUGGCCGUACUGGAGAGCCGGCUAGAAAUCCUUUCACCCUUGCGGGGAACACUGGAAGAGUUCCAGGAGAGAGUCCAAGAUCUGGAAGCAGAGCGAGAUUCAUUGAAGAUUGAUUAUGAACAACUGUUGGACAGUUGCAUCAAUGCUGCUCGACAAAAUCUGGAUUGGGUGCCCCAGAAGGACAGUGCUCCUUCUUUGGAAGAUCAGCUCAACUCAGCAAUGGUAGAGAAGGAGAUUCUAGAGGAGCAGCUAAAAAAGGAAAAAGCUCAGAAUGAGGCGCUGAAACAGGAAGUCAACUCUUUGCAGGAGAAGACAGCCAUCUUGGAAAACCAGGCACUAGAGGAACCAUCUCAAUCCAACCCAACCCAGAGCCUGUCAGUAGAAGUUCUGGAAGGAGGUCAUGAGGAGGAUGAAAUGUUCGCCCAGGAGAGCCUAAAGCGACAGCUUCAUGAGGCUGAGGCUGCACAUGCAGAGACAGUGCUAGAACUGGAGAAGACACGCAACAUGGUCAUUUUGCAGCACCGCAUUAAUCGGGAUUAUCAGGUGGAGUUGGAAAGGGUGCUGAUGCAGGCCAUGCAGGAGAAACAGGAGCACCAGGAGAAGCAACAGCAGAUGGACCAACUUCUGGACCUGCGUAGAGCCCGUAUUCAUCAACUUGAAGAGCGGUUGAAGGAUGUGGCAUAUGGAACAAGAGUUGUCCCACUUCAGCCACCUGACAGUAACUCUGAAAGUGAAGCAGUCCCUGGCAAGAUCCUGAAAUUGCAACAUGGGGAGAAUCUUUUUGAGCUGCACAUCUCUGGGGCGAUUCUGUCAGCUGAGGCUGUCCAACUCCUGGGCGAUCCAGAACCUCUCACCUUUUGCACAUAUGCCUUCUAUGAUUUUGAGACCCACUGCACACCUCUGGCCCUGGGCAUUCGACCCCGCUACAACUUCACUUCCCAGUAUGUGGUCCAGGCUGACCCUUUCUUCUUGCAAUACUUGCAAGGGGCCACUUCUCGUCUUGACCUCCACGUGGCCUCUGCUGUUGACCACACCACCCUGGCCUCCUGCUGGUUGCAUUUUGGCCACGCUCUGAGCAAUGGGGAGCAAGUUCAUGGCACAGCAGUCUUGCGUGGUCCCAAGAGUGAGGAUUAUGGUCUUUUGGAAUACUGGGUGAGGCUUCACUUUCCAUUCAAGCAGAUUUUGCAGCCGGACCGCCAGCAAAGCCAAGCCCUGAUGUUUCUCUCUGCUGGAGCAGCAUCUCCGACGACAACCCCCCAGAGCUGGCAACAGCAAGGCGACAGACAGACUGAAGGUGUACGCUGGAAUGAGCUAUGCAUCCGGAUCGAGAGCUGUGCCAAUUUGAGAAGCUGUUGGCUUGGCUCACAGCCCAGCCCUUAUGCCAUGUACCAGUUCUUCACCUUUCCAGAUCAUGACACACUCAUCAUCCCGUCUAGCAACAACCCCCACUUUGGAGAUGUGCAGACUUUUACUGUGCACGUCACUCCUGAGCUGCAUCAUUAUUUGCUUGUGGAAAGUUUGCGGGUGUAUGUGUUUGACGAUGAGGAAGAGGAACCUGGAAGCUAUUUGGGCAAGGCCCAGAUCCCUCUAGUACCAUUAGCACAUGGACACAGCAUCAAAGGAGACUUUGGCCUCAUGGACCCUACAAGGAAGCCCAAUGGCUCCAUCUACCUAAGCCUAGAAUGGAAGGGCCUUUAUUUGCCUCCAGAAGAUGCUCCUCAUAAGACUACCCAAUCACAUUCUUUGAAGAUGCAGAUUGCUGAUGAGCAAAACAUGCUGCAAAGCCAGGUGUCUGAAAAACACCUUCAGAAAAGCAGCAAGGUAGAAAACGGGCUGGAGCUCCUUUCUGCCCAAGUGAUUCCAACACAGGAGCUCAAGAGAAGCAGGAGAAAGGAGAAAGUUGGCAAAACUAUCCCCGAGAUGGAGCUGGAAGAAUGGACAAAGAAGGAAGAAGAAGAAAUACUGAAUGUUGGAGAGAAAGCAAGGGUGGCAGAAAAACAAGAAUUGGGUGAUGAAUCUAUCCUAGUAGCUGUGCUGAAGAACACUGAUGGUGAGGAACAAGAUACAAGUGAAGCUCAGACAACAGAAAGUGAUGAAGUGGUGGUGGGGUUACCCACUCUGCAGGGGUGUGUCGAUCUGCAACCUUCAGACUGGAUCCGUGUGGAGGUCAUUUCCCUCGGCCUCUUGCCAGAGAGCCAGCCUGUGGCCGAUGAGGCCAUCCAGCAACUGUAUGUCGAGUUCCACUUCCCCGGAGUGCCCCUGGAGGAAACGGAGACCACUUUCUCUUUGAAGAAACCUAGGGGGAACCAGGAAAUCUAUUUCCACUUCAGCAAGGUGAUCAAACUGGACCCAGAUCCAGGAAGUUUCCAAAGGCAAAUGCUGUUUUCCAUGCUUGUGGAAGAGGAUCCCCAAUGGAACAAGCUGCCGUUUAUAGUGGUGAGCGAGCCGCUUCCUGGGGCCAGAGGGGAAUGUGAAGAUGUGGGUUUCUCCCGCGUGGACUUGCAAGAGAUUCUUCUGACUGGAAAUGACAUCUUGGAGCAAGAUUUACAAGUUUUGAGUUCUUUAGACCACACCACCAAGAUUGGAAAGCUGAAAGUCUCUGUUGAAGCGGCAGCGGCUUUGCGUGCUAUCUACUGGGCAGGCCAAUGGCAGAACCGCGAGGAAAGGGGAACUGAAGAGGCGUAA